UCCCGGAGGUGGCCCGCGGAGCUCGGCGGGGCUUCUCCACCGGGUCCUAGCGCCCCUCUUCCCCGUGCCCGCAGACCUCCAGUUGGACACCAGCGCUGGCUGCUUGCUCCGCUGCCCCGACCGGCUGGUCCACGGCGCUCUUGGCCAAGCUGCCUCCCCGGCCCCAGGGCACCAUGAGGAGCGUGCAGCCCCUGGUCCUUUUCGCGCUGCUCGCCCUUUGCGGGCGCGGGGAUGGCCGCAUGGCCAAUGCUGAGGAGAAACUGAUGGACGACCUUCUGAACAAAACCCGAUACAACAACCUGAUCCGCCCGGCCACCAGCAACACCCAGCUCAUCUCCAUCCAGCUGCAGCUCUCACUGGCGCAGCUCAUCAGUGUGAAUGAGCGAGAGCAGAUCAUGACCACCAACGUCUGGCUGAAACAGGAAUGGACUGACUACCGCCUGGCAUGGAAUAGCUCCCGCUACGAGGGUGUCAACAUCUUGAGGAUCCCUGCAAACCGCAUCUGGCUGCCUGACAUUGUGCUCUACAAUAAUGCCGAUGGGACCUACGAGGUGUCCCUCUAUACCAACGUGGUGGUCCGCUCCAAUGGCAGCCUCAUGUGGCUGCCCCCCGCUAUCUACAAGAGCGCCUGCAAGAUCGAGGUGAAGCACUUCCCUUUCGACCAGCAGAACUGCACCCUCAAAUUCCGCUCCUGGACCUAUGACCACACGGAGAUCGACAUGGUCCUCAAGUCCCCCACGGCCAGCAUGGAUGACUUCACACCCAGCGGCGAGUGGGACAUCGUGGCACUGCCGGGGCGGAGGACGGUGAACCCACAGGACCCCAGUUACGUGGACGUGACCUACGACUUCAUCAUCAAGCGCAAACCGCUCUUCUACACCAUCAACCUCAUCAUCCCCUGCGUGCUCAUCACCUCGCUGGCCAUCCUGGUGUUCUACCUGCCGUCCGACUGCGGGGAGAAGAUGACGCUGUGCAUCUCCGUGCUGCUGGCGCUCACCGUCUUCCUGCUGCUCAUCUCCAAGAUCGUACCGCCCACCUCGCUCGACGUACCCCUCAUCGGCAAGUACCUCAUGUUCACCAUGGUGCUGGUUACCUUCUCCAUCGUCACCAGCGUCUGUGUGCUUAAUGUGCACCACCGCUCGCCCAGCACCCACACCAUGGCACCCUGGGUUAAGCGCUGCUUCCUGCACAAGCUGCCCACCUUCCUCUUCAUGAAGCGCCCAGACAGCAGCCCCACCACAGCCCCAAAGCCCAGCCAGUGCCGACCCGCCAGAUCGGAGGCUGCCUCCACUGCGGGCACUGCUGCCACCUCAGCUGUGGGCUGUGCCACCUCCCCCAACCUCUAUGGGAACUCCAUGUACUUCAUGAACCCCACCUCUAAGUCCCUAGCUGGCUCUGAUCCAGUUGGGGUCCCCCGGGAUUUCCGGCUGAGGUCUUCUGGAAGAUUUCAGCAGGACGUGCAGGAGGCUCUGGAUGGUGUCAGCUUCAUCGCCCAGCACAUGAAGAGUGAUGACCAGGACCAGAGUGUGGUCGAAGACUGGAAGUACGUGGCCAUGGUGGUGGACCGGCUGUUCCUGUGGGUGUUUGUGGUGGUGUGUGUACUCGGCACCAUGGGGCUCUUCCUGCCUCCCCUCUUCCAGACCCACACACCUCCCAAGGGACAAUAGGUUUUCUCCUGUAUCUAGGGCCCCCCCCCCCCCAGGGCUGGGGGUGAGAUGAAGCAAGCAGCUGAGUGGGACUGGGUCACUGGCUGCAGACUCCUAAUAGAUGGGAGAUGGCAGCCACAGAGUGUUACAGAGGGGCGAACAUGAGCUGGGGCCUGAGCUGGGCUCUGGGGAGGCUUCAGAGGGGACUCGGGAGGGUCCUGGCACAGGGGUCUGCACAGCUUGAUUCUGGCCUGUCUUUUCCUUGCAGCCAGUGCUGGUGACAAAGUGGCCUAGCCUUACACACACACACACACACACACACACACACACACACACACACACACACACACACACACACACACACAUACACACGCUUGUCCUUGAUUCUGGCCUGUCCUUUACCCAAACCUCAAACCGCAGCACCUCCCUCCCAAUCUCUCCCCUGGCUACAACACUCAGGGCUCUGCUCCAAUCCAUUCCAAUACCACCUCCUUCAAGAGGUCUUCCCAGCCACGAUUUUCAGACAUUCUGUCCCACUCUGAAGCCCCCUCCCCGGAGCAGCCGAGGCCCGAGGGUCUUGUGUGGUGGUGUGGUAACUGUCCCUAGCAUGAACUCUGUGGCAGCAGGCUCCCCAGCCUUCCUGCUCCUUUACUGCAGGUCUUGAAACCCAGACAGAGGUGCUCAAUAAAUGUUGAGUGAAUGUUUGUUGGAUGGCUCCUAAUUAUUCAAACUCAGAUGCCGCAUGCGCAGGCAGCUAGCUCUCUGUGGUCCUCCCGCAUGCCUGUCUCCAUCCUCACAUAGCACGGUCCUAGUUGAGUUCUGUUUCGCGUCAUAGCUGGGUCCCGAGGUCUCCCUCACAGCCUGACUCUGCACACCCCCACCCCACAUGCCUCUGGCUGACUCUUGCACAGUGUCCUGUAUGUAAUAGUCAUACAAAAUACUUGUGAUCUUUUUUUUUUUUUACUUCUUUUUGUUGUUAUUAUUUUUUUUUAUUGCUACCGGGGUUAUUACUGGAGCUUGGUGCCAACACUAUGAAUCCACCACUCCCGGAAGCCAUUUUUUCCUUUCUAUUUUAUUUGACAGGAUAGAGAAAUUGAGAGGGGAGGGGAGAUAGGGAGAAAGAAAGAGAGACACUUGCAGACCUACUUCACUGUUCGUAAAGCUUCUCCCUGCAGGUGGUGAGCAGUGCCUCAAACCUUGGUCCUUGUGCAUGGCAACUGCUGAGCUCAACUAGGUGUGCCCAUGAUUCCCCCUCCUCCUACCCUGCAUUUCAUGUUUAUGGAUUUAACUAACCUGGGGAUGUCUGCUGAGUGAAUCUGUACUGAAAACAAGGAUACUGGAUGACUGAAAAUUCAGAGACAUCCCGAGGCCCCAGCCCCACCCUUGUUUAAGUGGCAGCUGCACUAUGGCCACAUCUAACAUAUUUUGGUUACUGAGUUGCAUCAAAAACGUCAAAGUCUUGGGCUGGGGAGACUGUUAUGCCUGAAGUUCAAAGGUCCCAGGUUCAGUCCUCAGUACCACCAUAAACCGGAGCUGAACAAUGCUCUGGUCUUUCUCUCUGUAUCUCUCUCCCACUAAAAUGAAGUAAAAGAUUUUUUUUAAUCAUCACUUUAGGGAGAGAUAGCAUAAGGGUUACACAAAGAUUCUCAUGCCUGAAGCUCCAGAAUCCCAGAUGCAGUCCCCCACACCACCAUAAGCCAGAGCCGAUCAGUACUCUGGUAAAAUAAAAUAAAAUAAAAUUUGAAAAUCAUCAUUUAGGGCCCGGGUGGUGACACACCCGAUUAAGCACACAUAUAACCAAGUGCAAGGACCUGAGUUUGAGACCCUGCUCCCCACCUGCAGGGGGUUUGCUUCACUAGCUGUGAAGCAGGUCUGCAGAUGUCUAUCUCUCCAGCUCCCCAUCUUCUCUUAAUUUCUCUAUGUCCUAUCUAAUAUCAAUUAGAAAGAAAUAAAUUAUCACUUAAAAAAUAAAAAAUUUAGUCAACAACUUGUUCUGCUUUAUAUCUUAACUCUUUUUUAGUCACCAGGUUCCAAAUGCUAUCAUAAUGACAACCAGACGACCCCACCAAUGUGUCCUGGAGCCCUGCCUCUCCAGAUACCUACCCUACUAGGGAAAGAGAGAGACAGGCUGGGAGUAUGGAUCGACCAGUCAACGCCCGUGUUCAGCGGGGAAGCAAUUACAGAAGCCAGACCUUCCACCUGCUGCAACCCACAAUGACCCUGGGUCCAUACUCCCAGAGGGAUAGAGAAUGGGAAAGCUAUCAGGGGAGGGGAUGGGAUACGGAGUUCUGGUGGUGGGAAAUUUUGUGGACUAA